AAGUUCCAUCAAAAAUAUUUUCCCCUCAAAUUCAUUACCGUACGGUCUCAAGAUAUUUAUAUCCUUCCAUCAACUCUAUUAUGCCAGUAAAAAGAAUGCAGAAAAAGUGUUGGAUAUCUCGGACAACAUCGAGACAAUAUGAAAUGCAUGUGAGAUGGUUUUAUUCAGAAAAUUGCCGAAGACUAUAUGAAACCCCGUUUUGUUCCAAAUCUCAAAUUCAUGGUCAAGGAAAAGAUAAAACUCCAGUAAAACGAAUUCAGUACCAAUUUCAUCCUGAAACUGAAGCGGCCUUGAACCAACAACUUAAUGUGGAACUCAAAGCUUCUUAUUAUUAUUUGUCAAUGGCAUUAUACUUUGGUCAAGUCAAUGUUGCUCUACCAGGCUGUGAAUCCUAUUUUAUGCAUAUGCACCAGGAAGAAUAUGGACAUGCAGUGAAAUUAUUAAAUUACACAAAAACUCGUGGAGGACGUAUCAGUCUAUGUGUGAUCAAUCCACCUGACGAACAGAAUUGGCUAAAUCCCCUGCAUGCAUUCCAAACAGCACUCGACCUGGAGAUAUCAGUUGCAGACGAUCUCAUUGCUGUCCACGGUAUCGCUGAAAAACACUGCGACAUAAGUGUGACUGAUUUUAUUAUCACCAAUUUUAUUGACGACCAAAUGAAGAGUAUCAGCGAAAUUGCGAGAUUCGUGACAAUCCUCUCUGGCAUUGGCAAUGAAGCCCUUGGUCAAUUCAUUUUCGACAGAGAUUUGUUGAAACAUUACGUUCCCCAAGAUUUCAAUGUCUUACGAAAAACAUGAUAUCGCGCCAACAAUUAUAAAGAAUAUUCAU